UCAGUUCAACGUUCAGUUCAGUUGCGAUUUAGUACUACCCGCAUCGGUACCACCGUUCACGUCGCCGUCGCAACAAUAAUAGAUCAGUUCGUAACCAACCGGUCAGAGGGUUUAAAGCUUCGUUUCGCGCGACGAUUGAUGUCCAGUAUAUCGGGCGAAGUACCUAGUUGUUAGUACCACCGUACACCCCCGCGCGGCACCAUGUGCGACCAGUCCGCAUCAACGCAGAGCAUCGCAGAUUAUUUAGCCCAGUUGUUGAAGGAUCGUAAACAAUUGGCAGCGUUCCCCAACGUGUUCCUGCACGUCGAACGGCUUUUGGAUGAAGAAAUCGCAAAAGUCAGAGCCAGUUUAUUCCAAAUAAAUGGGGUUAAGAAGGAGCCCUUAAUAUUACCAGAACCAGAAGGUCAAGUGACGACACUAACAGAAAAAGUAUAUGUUCCAGUAAAGGAACAUCCAGAUUUCAACUUCGUGGGAAGGAUCUUGGGCCCCCGAGGCAUGACGGCCAAGCAAUUAGAGCAAGAAACCGGCUGUAAAAUCAUGGUGAGGGGCAAGGGCUCCAUGAGGGACAAGAAAAAGGAGGACCAAAACAGGGGAAAGCCAAAUUGGGAGCAUCUGUCAGAUGAACUGCACGUGCUUUUGACAGUUGAAGACACAGAAAACAGAGCACAAAUGAAAUUAGCCAGAGCAGUGGAAGAAGUGAGAAAACUACUCGUACCUCAAGCCGAAGGUGAAGAUGAGCUGAAAAAGAGACAACUAAUGGAAUUAGCCAUCAUUAACGGUACCUACAGGGAUUCCACAUCAAAGGCAGCAUCUGCAACAGAUCUAUCCUCUCUUGCAGCCUGCGACGAAGAAUGGCGGCGGGUGGUGGCCGCUGCGGAAACUCAGCGCCUCCUCUCGCCGGCCAUACCCGGGUUGCCUACCACUUUGAGAGCCCCCGCCACUCCCCUCGGAGCACCACUUAUCCUAAGUCCCAGGAUGUCGGUGCCCACGACAGCAGCUAGCAUACUCAACGGAUCUGCGCCACCAGGGUCACUGUUGUCCCCCGGUGAUCCCCACGGACUGAUCUACGCCCCCUACGCCGACUACACGAAUUACACGGCGCUGGCCGCCAGUCCGCUGCUCACCGAGUACGCCACUGCCGACCAUUCGGGUGCGUCGGCGGUUGCUAAGCAACGUCGCCAUCUUGGACAAAUUAGAGAGCACCCCUACCAGAGGGCGGGAGCACUCUCUUAGAGUGGCUCUGCGAGAAGGUUAGUUGGUUUCUUUACACGUAUUUAUUAUAGGUUUUUUCCGGAAUCUAUAGGGAGGAGUCUGUCAUGUAUCGAUAUAUUUUACGAUAAGUUUAGUUCUUUUAUGUAGUUUAGUUACUAAAAGAUUGUCUUAUUGUAGACUAUAACGUGACAGACUUGUACUGGUCGAUGAUAUUUUGUUUUUUGCGACGUUGCCGACCGUUCCAGGUUGUUUCUUUCUAGGGGUUUACGUUUAUAUGAAAUUCUCUCUAUUAUUCAAUUAUUGACAAACAGUAUUUUCAACGGGUUAUCGUUUCAAGAUAAAUCAUCUCUUUUUUGUGUGUUAACCGUUAUAAACGACACAAUAGUUAUAAUUUAUUAUUUCCAUGAACAAGAAGGAUUUCUCGUCUCUAAGUAAUAUAUUUUACAUAUAAUACAUUUUCAGUACGUAAGAGUUACCAAUAAUUAUUAUAUGAUCUAGUUUUUAAAUACUAAACAUAAAUACGUUUAGCUUUUGAAAUCUACAGUCGAUAGUGUAGGAUUUUGUACGGGGUAUUAUUUACCAAGACCACUGAAUUCGUAUCAUAAUUAAUAUUAUAUGAUAUAUAAUGUUGAUUAUUAUUUAUUAAAUAUUGUAUUUAUUUAAAUAUAAACCCCCUGUGUAUAGUGAGGGAGGUUAUAAAUACGUUUAAUAACCUCCCAAAUAGGAACUAACUCGAGUACCUCAUAAUCACACCCGGUGUGAUACUAGUCCAAAAAUAAAGAAAAAGUAUAUUUACAUCAUUUUCUACCUACUGUAUUUUAUGUACAUUAUCUUUUUAUUAUACCCAGUUAGUAAGGUUUGCGAAGAUCCUUCUUGUUCAUAUAAAGAACAAUAUCUUACGUGUAGCAUUUCUUCUGACGUCCCUAACAGUUCAUAGAACUUAAGGACGUUUUAUUCAAUUACUAGUUUACUAGAAAAUUUUCUGUUAGUUGCACUUCUCUCAAAUUUAAGGUAUGUUUAGAAAUGGUUCUGUGAGAGUCACAAUCUGAAAAGUUAUGAUACACAUCUUAUAAUCUACUAUAGAAAGUAACCAUAACCAUUAAAAACAGGCGACUACAAUAAUAGGAUAGGAAAUUUAAUAGAAUUGAAUUAUUUUUUCGUAAAUCUAGUCACAAUUAUUGAAUAAUACCGUACUUGUUAGUUUCGUUGAAAUAACAUAUAAUUUAUUAAACAUGCACAGUGGUACCUCGGAUUUUUAAAUUAUUAUUCUUAUUGAUGAUUUUCGUGUCCACACAAGCAAACUUAUAUGGAAUCAUCUAUCAUCAUAAUUUUUGAGUCAUAAGAAACUUUUGUGUUUAAUAAAACUCAAUCCGUACCAAAGACUUUUAAUGAAAAAUAAUCCAUAUAGCAACGGAAAAAAAUUAAUCAGUUCCCAAAAUAAACACAAUGGUAUGUUUUGGUUUCUGAAACGAAAUGAGAUUUAAAUUUUUAUCGGAUGAAAAGCAAAAACAAAAUAGCCCUUAUGCAAGCUUCUAUCCGCGCUGGUAUGCUUCUUAUUAAAUUAUCUAACGUUGUCUUGGGGUAUGUUUUCCCAUACUGCUAAUGCUGUAUCAAUAAACUGUGCGAGAUUUCCUGGCUUUUGUGCUGGUUCCCACAAGUGUUCGAUAGGGUUUAGAUCUGGUGAACAAGCAGGCCAGUCCAAAACUAUAACACCUUCCGUUUCAAGACAUUCUCUAGCCACUCUGCUGGUAUGGGGAAGUGCAUCAUCGUGCAUGAAGUUAACAUUAUCCCGAAUUGCAGCUCUCCAAAGCCUAACGAUUGUUUCGUGCACUAAAUCAACAUACCUCCGACCGAAGUGGUAACAAUGGAGUUUUUGCUUCCAGCAUAAUACCUCCCCAGAACAUUGAUCCUUUAUAUUUUGGUACAGAUUUGGCAACCUGGAGCUUCGCUCGUCUUCCUGGAGCUCUGAGAUCCCGAAUUCGAUGGUCAUCUAAUCUUAGGGCAAUUCUGGUCUCAUCCGAAAAAAGAACAUUUUGCCAAUUCUCAAUUUUCCAGUUUUGAUGUUAUUGAAGGCACCAAUUUAGAUGGUCAAUUUUAUUUUGCCGAGAUAACUGUGGAACCCGUAACUCCCUCCGACUGUACAACCCUCGAUCACGAAGCCUUUUUCUUAUGGUUUCAACUGAAACGUUCAACCUGUAGCUGCCAGAAGUUGUCCUUGUAGCUCUGAUGAGAAACAUUGGGAUUUCUUCUAGCAAUCUGGCACACAAAGCGGUCUUGUUGUUCAGUUCUGACUCUUUGAUGACUUUGUCUGGGCCUGUUCAUGAGAGUUCCUAGUUCCAAGUACCUUUUAUAUGUUUUCGAUACAACACCCUAGGUAACGCCUACUAUCUCUGCUACGUCCCUUUGGGACGUUCCUUGUUCGGUGAAAGCAAUAAUUCUUCCCUUCUGUACAUCUGUUAAUCCAACAUAAUAAGGCAUUUUUUAUUUUCUUUGAUCGAAUGAAAUCCACAAGAAAAUAAAUCAGAGCGGUCGUUUAUUCCUUAUUAUCAUGUUUAUUUACAACAAAGUCUUAUCUUAAAGUAGUAUAACAUUUUUUCCUCUGCAAAAAGUCUAGUCAGACAUAAAGAGUGAUUCCAUAUAAGUCUGGUUGUAUGUAUAUUUAAAGUUCGAAGAAUCAGAGAGAGAUAUCUUCAAAAUUUCAUUUGAUUUCGAGGUACCACUAUUUUAUUUAAUUUUAUCGAUAGUUUUAUAUAAUAAAAAAUAUGUUGUGUUUUAGGCUCAGACUAUAAGCCACAAAAGAGAUUUUUGUGUAUUGAAAUUUAUCUGUGCCAUCUAGUCCUUCUCUAAUAUACAUUUUUUGUGCCAACAAUUUUGAUAUUUCUUUAAUCCACGUAGAUUAUAUUAUAUAUCUUUUAACAUCACAUAUUUAAAAUAAGAUCUUCUUUAAAAAACUCUCACAGAAUCGUCGUUAUUUUAUUAGAUCUAGUUAGUUUUUUAAGUCGUUUACAUUAUUAGAUUUUACUUAUAUUUUUUGUAUAUGUUGUUGACUUGCGCCAAUGUGGAAAAUAUAUUUAUACGAAAAUCUCA